AUGAAUAAGAACAUUAUUUGUUGUGUUGCAAUUGCAAUUAUCGUCUCUUUGUGCUCGGCACUUGUUAGUGGCCAAUAUAACAAUGCUUACAAUAGUGCAUAUGGUUCUUAUGGUGGUGCUGGUCAAAAUUAUGGUGUUUCAGGUGGUAGCUAUAAUCAAUAUGCUCAAAACACUCAAGCCUAUUCAAAUCAAAUCAAUGCCAUCAAUUAUCAACCUUAUGCAAGCUAUGGAUCUUAUUACAGAGGACCAACCUCCUACGGAAAUAAUUACAACUCUGCAUACUCAAUGCCUUACUAUGGUGGAUAUGGUGGUUAUGGUAUUCCAUACUAUGGUGGUUAUGGUGGUUAUCAUCCAUACAGAUGGUGUUAA